UUGCAUGGUUCCUGCCCACCAUCUCCGCCCUUCUCCGAGCAGAGAUCAUUUUUUUUUUCCCUCCGAGCUUCGCCGUUAAAUCUAAAUCAGGUGCGACUGGAAGCGCUCAAAAGGGUCAUUUCGGCAUCAAUUAACAACCAGAUCCUGUCCUCUUUCUUAUCGCAUUUUUCCUUUGGAUUAUGGGGACGUCGUUGUGCGCCAACUGCUGCAGACGCUUGCCAAGAUUAAACCAUCAUCUGAGGUAGAAGAAAGGAUCACGAUUAGACAAAAAAAAACAAAACAAAAAAAAUCUAUUUACCAUUCGUGCAUGAGUGCGAUUUUCAUUUGAUUUGCUGGUACGCAUUUUUCUGUGAAUAUUCUUUGCAUUCGGACGCUUUUUUGGGGGGUUUGGGGCGCGCAGCGGGGCUGUUUCCAGCUCAGAGUUAUUGGCAAUCACUGCAAUCAUCAUCAUCACCAUCUGAUUAGUAACAUUUAUUCUAAUGUAAUCGGCAUGAGCACUUGUCACAGUUUCAUGCCUUUUUUACGCUCAGGUGUGUGGAAAAAAAUAUAAACCACUCUGCAGCUGUAAGGCGAGAUUAUUCCCAGAUAUAGGAGGGGGCAGCCUGGAGUCUCAUGAUCAAACAAUUAAGAUGACAAAAAAGGGAGAUUGUCUCCAUUACCGUGCGAGCUGCGCAGGGAUUGCUUUGCAUUUCGUUGGGGAACAGAGAGUAGUGGAGGAAGACAGGAAAGAGAAGCAGAGGAGAACAGCUGAGCCGCCACUGGCAGGCAAGCUGUGGCUUCAGUGAUGGACUGAGCUGGAGGUGAAGGGUUUUCCUGUCACAGCAUCAGCAUCAUUUUUUUUCUCCCCCCCUCAGAAGCUGUCACUCUCAACAGAAACAGUUAUGGACACUGCAGCACAGGUGAGGAUCAAGAGUUGUUUGCAGCAGUGAAACACAACGAAUUGGCCUAAUGAAUGAAAAACUUCAAGCUUUUAGAGAUUAUACCUGGAUCAGCGUCUCUGUAAUGCCUUCACAAACUGAUUCCUUCUGUGCAUCGACAAGGAGUUAAGCCUCAUAACCCUCCCCCCCUUACCCUAAGUGCCCUGGAGACCCACCUGGAUCCAGUCUGCACCCACAGAUGUUCUGAUUUCUUCUCCAGAAAGUCCUGUUUUUUUGGCUGCAUGGACACUUCGUCAAAGACGUGGCUGCCGCAUCAGGGUCAGUUUGGCUUGGUUGGUCAAGCGGAGGUUUGCUGUGGUGGACCAGGAGUUUUAACGCCAAACCAAUCCCGCAGGGCAAGUUUUGCCUCUGUGAGACAAUCGAGUAUGGAGACCCCUCCUAACACGACACCUCAACCCUUCAGGCAGCCGAGUUUUCUCAAUCGAAGGCUGAAGGGUUCCAUCAAGAGGGCAAAAAGUCAGCCGAAACUGGACAGAACCAGCAGCUUCAAACAGAUGAUUCUGCCCCGGUUUCGUAGUGCUGACCAAGAGCGGACUCGCUUGAUGCAAAGCUUCAAAGAAUCCCACUCCCACGAGUCCCUCCUUUCCCCCAGCAGCGCUGCAGAGGCUCUAGAUCUAGUUCUGGAUGAAGAUGCCAUUAUUAAGCCUGUCCAUUCUAGCAUUUUAGGACAAGAGUACUGCUUUGAGGUAACCACCAAUUCAGGGACAAAAUGUUUUGCCUGCCGAUCAGCUUCAGAAAGAGACAAAUGGAUUGAAAAUCUUCAAAGAGCUGUCAAACCUAACAAGCACUCUUUUCAGGACAACAGCAGGCGAGUAGAGAAUGUACUCAAGUUGUGGAUAAUUGAGGCCCGAGAUCUUCCAGCUAAGAAACGCUACUAUUGUGAGCUGUGUCUGGAUGACAUGCUGUAUGCACGCACCACCAGCAAGCCACGCACCGAUACAGUCUUCUGGGGAGAACAUUUUGAGUUUAACAAUUUGCCGACCAUUCGUAGCCUUCGUUUGCACCUCUACAAAGAGACUGACAAAAAGAGACGCAAGGAGAAAAGCACAUAUAUUGGCCUAGUCAGCAUCCCGAUAUCCAGCAUCACAGGCCGGCAGUUUGUGGAGCAGUGGUACCCGGUGAUACAGUCCAGUGUUUUAGCCAAAAGUGGUGGUGUUGGUAGCACCAAAGUGAUCAAUGCUUCACUACGCAUCAAGUCUCGCUACCAGACGAUGAAUAUUCUACCGAUGGAGCUGUACAAGGAGUUCGCCGAAUACAUUACAAACAACUACCGAACACUGUGUGCAGUAUUGGAGCCGCUGCUUAGCGUUAAGAGUAAAGAGGAGGUUGCAUUUGCUUUGGUCCACAUUCUUCAGAGCACAGGGAAAACAAAGGAGUUUCUUUCAGACAUGGCAAUGUGUGAGGUGGAUCGGUUCAUGGACCGUGAGCACUUGAUCUUCCGGGAGAACACACUUGCUACAAAAGCAGUGGAAGAGUACCUCAAACUAAUAGGUCACAGAUACCUCAAGGAAGCUAUUGGUGAUUUUGUUCGAGCCUUAUAUGAAUCUGAGGAGAACUGUGAGGUGGACCCAAUGCGUGUUCCUCCGUCAGUCCUUGCUGACCACCAAGCCAACCUUCGCAUGUGCUGCGAGCUUUUACUCUGCAAGAUCAUCAACUCCCUCUGCAUUUUCCCUCGGGAGCUGAAGGAGGUUUUUGCCUCCUGGAGAGCCAGAUGCGCCGAGCGAGGGAGAGAGGAUCUCGCCGACAGCCUCAUCAGCUCCUCCCUGUUCCUCCGCUUUAUGUGCCCAGCCAUCAUGUCGCCAUCCCUGUUCAACCUGAUGCAGGAGUACCCGGCUGAGCGCACAUCCCGCACCCUCACGCUCAUCGCCAAAGUGAUGCAGAACCUGGCCAGCUUCACCAAAUUUGGACCCAAAGAGGAAUACUUGUAUUUCAUGAAUGAGUUCCUAGAGAUGGAGUGGGGCUCCAUGCAGCAGUUCCUCUAUGAGAUUUCCAACAUGGACACUGGAGGAAACGCUGGAGGCUUUGAGGGCUACAUCGACCUCGGCAGGGAGCUGUCCAUGCUGCACAGCUUGCUAUGGGAAGUCAUGGGACAGCUCAGCAAGGAUGCUAUCCUCAAACUUGGACCCCUGCCGCGACUGCUGAAUGACAUCAGUGUUGCCCUGAGAAAUCCGCAGCUCCACAUGCCCACAAACCAUCAGCCAGAGAGACCGAAGGACAGACUCUUCUCCCGCCCAUCUUUCAAUCGCCUUAUGUCCUCUGAUUUCCAAAGCCUCAUGAUGCGUGAUUUAAACAGCUCCAUAGACAUCUCCCGCCUCCCGUCGCCCACGACUGGAGUCUCAGCUGUAGAAUCCCUCUCAUCCAAUCUGAAUAUGAGGCGUCAGGCAGAACGAGACCUCCGCUCUUCGUCCAGGGAAGUGUUUUACGUUACCCGCCCACCUCUGGCUAGAUCCAGCCCCGCAUACUGCACCAGCAGCUCUGACAUCACAGAACCUGAUCCAAAGGUCCACAGUGUAAACAAAAGUGUCUCCAUGAUGGACCUUCAGGACUCUCGAAUGAACAGCAUCUCCAACCUAAACUCUGUUGGAGACAUGCUAGCCUCUUCUCAGGCCUCCAUUGCUGGCCUCGGCCACAGCUUUGGGAACCUGGGCGCUCCUCUGCGUAUGGGGGGUCACUUGCCCCCGGGUUCAUCCGGUUCUGGCCUUAGACUGAGCCAGAUGGGCCACGUAGGAGCUCCCACAGAAUCAAUCUCCCAGCAGCAACAGCAGGCAGCUGCAGCCAUGCAUUUCCCCUUGUCUUUCCAGAAUCCACUAUUCCAUCUGGCUGCCCAGAACUCCCCGGCUCAGUCCCAAGCUCCUCCCCCUGCCGCCAUCCCUCCUCCUCUGCUCCUGACCCCUGAGGCUGAAAACGGCCACCCUGACUACCCACCUGCCUUUGGCAACAGUGCUUUCUCCCGCAGUGAGGACCUUUCUGCCCUGCAGUCACAGAGCAGCCUGGUGCAGCCCAGCAUCGUUCACUCCCACAGCUACAGUGACGACUUCACUCGGCAGAAUCAGAACAACGACUAUGCCUGGCACCAGCUGUCUCUGCAAGUACAGGAGUCUCUUCAGCAACACCAUCUGAUGGGAGUCACAUCUCAGUCUGGCACAGGCACAGGGACUCCUGCUUCCCUGGCUACACCUCCAACGACCAUUCAUCCAUCCCGCCAGUCAUCCAUCGCCGCGCAACACCUCAAGUCCCAGCGCUCCAUUAACACUCCGGCCACUGCCACGCCUCCGAAGGCUCGUCCACAAAGCAGGAACCUCCUCCUUAAUUCCUCGGAUCCAAGCUUCAGUGGCAGUCAGCCAAAAUCCCGCCCAACGAAGCAAACGACACAGCAGCAACAACAGCAACAACAGCAACCGGUACAGCAGGAUGGACAGCUGUCUGUCACAGACAGUCCAGCUCCAGGACUUCCCUUCCAGACAAGCUCUGCUAAAGAAAACCAGGCUCCAUCAGCAGCUGCAGAGGAGUCUACAGACACGCCCACGAAAAGUACCAAGAAAUCUCAGCAGUCACAGCUGCAGCCGCCACAGCAGCAUCUGCUGAAACCGGUUGCAAACAAACAGGGUAACAGCCAGGGAAUGAAUGAGCGGACAGUUGCCUGGGUGUCCAACAUGCCACACCUCUCUGCGGACAUCGAGAGCUUGCGGCCGGACCGCGAGGGCCAGCUAAAAGAGUACUCUAAGAGUAUGGAUGAGUCACGACUAGAAAGGGUAAGGGAAUAUGAAGAGGAAAUUCACUCUCUGAAGGAGCGGCUGAAGAUGUCGCAUCGCAAACUGGAAGAGUAUGAGCAGAGGCUUCUGAGCCAGGAGCAGCAGACCAGCAAGAUCUUGCAGCAGUACCAGUGUCGCCUGGAAGACAGCGAGCGGCGCCUAAAGCAGCAGCAACUGGAGAAGGACUCUCAAAUCACAGGGAUCAUCAGCAGACUCAUGGCUGUGGAAGAUGAGCUGAGAGGGGGUGCCAUGCCUGAUAUUAAGCCACGAAUCCUCACAGACCAGUCUCUCAGCCAGGUAUAUGGGGGACUCCCUGGAUCCUGACUGCCACUUCCAAAGUGACCAGAAUUCAUGAUGGUCACUCGAGUGUAAGAAGGUGGAUCAAAAUGGCUCCUACAGAAGGACUGCUUAGUCAAAGCUCUACAAAGGACUACAGAUCGUAUCGUCUCACAACGUUAUCCAUUAAAAAAGUAUUUUAAAGAUUGUUGCACAUAUUAAAACUUAGCCUGUAACAGAACUUGACAAUCAACUCAGCAAGAGGACCAACAUGGGCACCAAAAUGUUUUUGCACAGUUUGGUGAAAUACAAGCCAGUGCCACAUCAACGGCAAUACUGUUCCUAAUGAGUUUAUGUAACUGAGGUGGUGGAAAAUAGUGGGAUAAAGAAUGGAUUCAAGCUUUUUUUUUUCUCCCUGUCUACAAGAAGAUUUCCGCUGCAGUAGCUGAGGAAAAAAAGUAUUAAAAAGACGCUUUUGCAAAGCACAAUAUCCUUUCAUGGCGACGCCUUCAACAAGCAUGUUGAGCUAUAUAUAUAUUUUUUAGUUUAGGUUUAGUAAAAUUUUACUUUAGUUUAUGCGGCUUCCUUUUAUAUUACAGCCAUCUCGUUUGAAAGUUGCACAAUUAGCUGAUUGAAGUAAAAUCUAAAUAAUUUUAUUUUUCAACUGAGGGAAAAUUUGCAAAUACUAGACUUUGAUUCUUUAUCAAAUCCAUCGUUUAAUCACCUAAAUGUAUUUAAUGAUGGGGCAGUUUAAUCAAUCAAAUUUUUUAUAACAGUAUAUUUUCUAAAUCUGGUUAAAAUAAACAGAAAAAAAAUUUACUCUGAAAAACUUUUGUAAAGCUGGGCAUACGCUGUAUGAUUUAUUGCCCUUUUUGGGUUGAUUUUCCAGUCCUGUGAGAAUUUUUCGAAUCGGGCAGACUUUCAGCCUGAUCGUGCGUUGUGUAGUGCACAUGGGGUAACGAGGGGCGAUCAGCCACUCACGACCACU